CCGCGGUCUCUAAGCAGGUCGCCACGGGCUGGCACGCGCCACUCUCGUCCCAGAGUAAAUAAGGGACCGAGCGCGACUCUCCAGAGCACCGUAAAUAGAGUCCGAGUGGGCGGGGAGCAGCCCGGCACCGCCUGCUCAUGUCGCUGCAGAGCCAAGUGUCUGGCCGCCUGGCACAGCUGCGCGUGGCGGGGCAGCUGCUGGUCUCCCCGCGCCCCUGGCCCGGCCGCUCGGCGGGUGGCCCGCGGCCCCGUGGCAGUGCGUACGGUCCCCUGGUGGCGCUGGGCCAGCACGGCUACUGCGCGUGGCCUUCGGCGGGAGUUGGGGCGUGGGGGGCGGCAGGGCGUGGAGCCUGGGUGCGCACCUGGGCCCCCCUGGCCAUGGCCGCGAAGGUGGACCUGAGCACCUCCACCGACUGGAAGGAGGCCAAAUCCUUUCUGAAGAGCCUGAGUGACAAGCAGAGGGAGGAAUAUUACUUCUGCAAGGAUUUCGUUAAGCUGAAGAAGAUCCCCACAUGGAAGGAGACAGCAAAAGGGCUGGCUGGGAAGGUGGAGAACCCCAAGUAUAAGAAGGACAAGCAGCUGAAUGAGAAAAUCUCCCUGUUCCGUGGGGACAUCACCAAGCUGGAGGUGGAUGCCAUUGUCAACGCUGGUCCCAGCCCCUCAUUCCUGUGGAUCUGGAUUCCUGAGCUGGAGCCGACACCCGGCUGGCUGGGGCCCAAGCCAUCUCCUGCCAACAACUCCCUGCUUGGAGGCGGAGGGGUGGAUGGCUGCAUUCAUCGGGCCGCGGGAUCCCUCCUCACGGACGAAUGCCGCACCCUGCAGAACUGCGAGACCGGCAAAGCCAAGAUCACUUGCGGCUAUCGGCUGCCAGCUAAGCAUGUCAUCCACACGGUGGGGCCCAUCGCCGUGGGCCAACCCACUGCCAGCCAGGCGGCUGAACUCCGCAGCUGCUACUUGAGCAGCCUGGACCUGCUGCUGGAGCACCGGCUGCGCUCGGUGGCUUUCCCAUGCAUCUCCACAGGCGUGUUUGGCUACCCCAAUGAGGAGGCUGCGGAGGUAGUGCUAGCUACGCUGCGGGAAUGGCUGGAGCAGCACAAGGACAAGGUGGAUCGGCUCAUCAUCUGUGUGUUCCUGGAGAAGGACGAGGGCAUUUACCGGGAGCGCCUGCCCCAUUAUUUCCCAGUAGCCUGAGGCUCCCACUGCCCACCCUGAACAGGACUGACCCACCUGGGCCUGGAGGACCUCGCUCUCAGCUCUGAGAGGUCUCAGAAGCCUACAACUUGUUCCAGCCUGGCCACAGCGGGGUUCUGCCCUCACCCCCAGCCUGUCCUGCCCUGCCUUUAAGAAGCCUCCUAAUAAAGCUGUCUGGCUCAGCCCUCA